UUCGCCUUUUAUCUGUGUCUUAUGAUCCAUAUUUUAUUAACUGAACUGCUUUUAAACAGAAAUAUCAAUUCAAACACAACAUAGACUACAAAAUGUAGCGCGCCACUCCAGGAACAAUUACAAGACAGGAGUUUCUACACGGAACUAUUAACCUGCUGCACAGUAAAGGAAAGCAGAAAGUGUCGUUUUUUUAUUUGAUUGUAUUUUUCUUGUUUCUACGUGCAUCUUUUUAAAAAUUCUUGUUCAGCUUCUACCAGAAGAUGAACGAGUGGAGUCCACUCGCCAAAGUCUACGACCCGCUCAAGGCUGGCAGCAUUGACAGCACUGACAUCGAGCCCCAUGACCGGGCCAUAUGGCGGGCGAUGAAUGCCCAUUACCAACCCAAUAAAGCUGUAACGGGCGACCCUCUACUCACACUUUAUGUUGCGAGACUCAACAAAAUGACAACCGAAGAAGACCUUCACACGGUUUUCUCAAAAUUUGGUGACAUUCGACGACUGCGUCUUGUCCGGGACGCUAUUACCGGCUUCUCCAAGGGCUACGCCUUUAUAGAGUAUAAAGAGGAGCGCUCUCUAAUGAGAGCAUGGAGAGACGGCAACAAGAUGGUCAUAGACCAGCACGAGCUCUUUGUGGACUUUGAGCAGGAGCGCACACUACAGGGCUGGAUACCACGUCGAUUUGGAGGUGGCCUGGGAGGAAAGAAAGAGUCGGGACAGCUGAGGUUCGGCGGCAGGGACAGACCGUUCAGGAGACCCAUAAACCUGCCCAGUGUGAUGCCCAGACCAGGUGACCGGUGGAGAGACGGAGAUGGAGGGAGAGAGGAGAGACAACGAGAUGAGAGAAAAGACAUAUCUCCAGGCUGGGACCAAGAGCACGGGAGACAACGGAAUCGGAAGGACAACUGGGAACGAGGGAACGAGCGAGGUGGUCGGGAUCACCAUAAAGACAGGAGGGACUCCAGACGACACAGGGACAGGAGCAACGACAGAGAAUCCAAACGAGCAAAGGAUGAACGGAGAUAUCGGGACUCGUACCGAGAUUUGGAUAAACGAUGACUCAUGUUUAACUCGGGUUAAAUUUUUUGUUUUUGACAAACGUUCCGUUCUCUGUUAACACAUUCACAAGUCUGUUGAAAACCAGGAUUGCCUAAUGAGGCAGGAGAAGAUCUGGGGUUAAUUUCAGGGUCAGAAAAACACACAACAGAGCCUAAGUAUAACCUAAGGAAGAAGACACGACUGUGCUUGUGGUCUCUUUUCAUUACACGGUGAAAUAUAUUCAAUUAAAUCACCAGGAUUUCUAGAAAGUUUUGUUUAAUUUGCAAUGUGUGCUUGUUACAUUAACCAGGGAUCCUGUAUUCAAGUCUACAGAUGAUCUAAAAUAAAGUAGUAGAUGCUGAAUCAUUUUAAUUUCCGGUUCUCCGAAUUAUAUGAAGAAAAGUCACGAAAGCGAUGCGAUGUAUAAAAUAUUUUAAUUUCCCAUGAGAUGAAAUUAUGCAGCGUUCUUUAUUAUCCUUCAUUAAAGAUCUGUAGUGAGAAACAUUCA